CCGGCGACGCCCAGAGCGGAAGAGGGAAGUGAGGGCUCCAGCUGCGGGGUCCUGCCGGGCCGGGCGAGCUGAGGGAGACGCUGCAGCGGGAGGAGGCCUUGGUCGCCGUGCGGCUCCGGGAUGUCGAAGAACACGGUGUCGUCGGCCCGGUUCCGGAAGGUGGACGUGGAUGAGUAUGACGAGAACAAGUUCGUGGACGAGGAAGACGGCGGCGACGGGCAGGCCGGGCCGGACGAGGGCGAGGUGGAUUCCUGCUUGAGGCACUCCAGAACAGGAAACAUGACGGCAGCCCUGCAGGCGGCUCUGAAAAACCCCCCUAUCAACACCAAGAGUCAAGCAGUAAAGGAUCGAGCAGGCAGCAUUGUUUUGAAGGUGCUCAUCUCCUUUAAAGCUAAUGAUAUUGAAAAGGCAGUUCAAUCCCUGGACAAGAGUGGAGUGGAUCUCUUAAUGAAGUAUAUUUAUAAAGGCUUUGAGAGUCCUUCUGACAACAGCAGUGCUGUGUUAUUACAGUGGCAUGAAAAGGCACUUGCUGCAGGAGGAGUAGGAUCCAUUGUUCGGGUUUUGACUGCAAGGAAAACCGUGUAAUCCAGUGAGAGCUGGUUAUCUGCUGUGGGUGUGGGAGUUGCUGGUACAAAGACCAAAACAACCAAAUGCCACCACUGCCCUUUGGGUAGCAUCUGUGUGUCUCAGCUUUGCCUUCUUGCUUCCUUUUUCAUAUCUGUAAAGAAGAAAAUGACAUAUCAGUUUUGCUUUGAUGAAAAUUGGAAUAAUAUAUAGGAAAUGUUGUUCCAACAGGAGUGUUUCAUGUUCUCAAAACCAUUGCAGUGAUGAGUGUAUACCAGUCUGUAUGUAAUAUAAUUUACAUCAAAUUUAAUUGUGCAAUUUUUUAACCAACCCCUAUGACUGGUGUUUUGGGGGAUUGAGUUUUUUUGUCGUCGUCGUUUUUGUUUUGUUUUUGACUAAUAGAAAUUUGGUCAGAAUUUUGAGACCAGUUUCCUAACUCAUUGCUAGCCAGGAAAUGAUCUUUGUAAAAAAUCUGUUUGAGAGACUGGCAGCUCUUAACAUUGUAAAACUGGACCAUGCUUCCCAUAUUUAAAUGAAAUGUGCUUCUAGAACAAGUGGUGGGUGAGCACCAUGCCAAGUUCUAGCUUGCUUGCCUCCAAAUUAUGUGAGUUCUAAGUGUGCUUCUUCCUCUCAGUAUCCAGUAAUCAUGACUUCUCAAUUUCCUUGUGGUCUCCCAGGUUCCAAAGCAAGGAGUUUUGCUCUACACAGUAUAUCUAUAAACUACCAGAGCCUGUUUGGUUGGCAUGUUCCAAUCACACAGGCCUAUUUAGGGAUCUGCUCCAAAUCAAGAAAGGACGUGGAAAUAGUGAUGGAAUUCGAACUCUGGGCAGCCUCUGAAUGAAAUGCUAUUUUCUUUAGAAAUAUAGUGACUGCCUUAGACAUUUUAAGUUAUAUAAAUAGUAUUUAAUAUGCCCUAUCAAGGUCUUCAGUGUUCUUCAGGGUAAUUGGGAUCUCAAAAGGUAAUUGGGUAAUUGGGAUCCAGAUAUACACAUUCUGUAUUUUAAAGCUCAGUGUUUUUAAAAAAAAAGAAAGAAAGAAAGAAAAUGCCACACAGCAAAAAGUGUUUACUUUGUUGGACAAACCAAAUCGGUUCUCAAAAAAUGACCGGUGCUUAUAAAAAAUUAUUUAGUAGUAACCCCAAAACAAACCACCUGAAUGCAUAUGACCCAGAGGGAAAUAAACCUGUGUUUAGUACUUAAUAUUGGACACCAGUUUCAUUAUCACUUACUUAGGUGAAAACUGGUGCAGAAAUUCUGUACUGGAUGUUUUUGAUAUCUGCUUUUUGUUUUGUAAAAAUGAUAAAGUUCAGAAAAUAAAAUGUCAGUGUUGAAUAAUUUGUUUUUCUCUU